AUGGCGACAGCACUCAGAUUGAAGCCCUUGGGGCUGAACCGGCAUCUUUUCUCCACACCUACGGCAUUCACUAUCUCCAGCCGGUGUCGUGCGGCCGCAGCGCGCACUUACGCUACCUCCGACCGUCUCCCGAAGAUCGCGGACACCUCAGUAUGGACGGCGAUGAUCCCCGCGUUUAUGCGGAGAAAGCGAUCGCGCAAAUCAAGCGAAGCAAAGGAGUGGAACCCAGCCACCUUCUACAUCGUUAUGUUCACGCUGAUCGGCUCGCAAGCCAUCCGAAUGCUCACCUUAAAGAACGACUAUGCCGCAUACCGCCGGAGUGCGGACGCAAAGAUCGAGCUCCUCAGGGAGGUCAUUGAGCGUGUUCAGAAGGGAGAGAAUGUAGAUGUGGAGAAAUUACUGGGUACUGGAGAUGAGGCAAAAGAAAGAGGGUGGGAAGAAGUCUUGCGAGAGAUCGAACGAGAAGACAACAUUUGGCACGAGAAGCAGAAGUCUGCAAAAUCAGAAAAGACCACAUCCGAGGCUGAGAAGCAGCCAACUCAGAGAUCGAAAGGAAAGGAGCCCGCAAUGGCGAGUGCGGAGGACGAGACCAAGAAGACGCUGUCGACAAGGAAGGUCAAUUUCUUUUAA